CUGUCUGUCUCACACCGUCUUGUGUUGAUGCAUCUCAUCAUGAUGUACAUAGGCCAGGUCUCCAAGGACAUCCUGAAGUGGCCUCGGCCCCUCUCGCCACCUGUCGUCAAGCUGGAAAUGAGGACGGAUGCGGAGUACGGGAUGCCCUCCACCCACGCCAUGGCAGCUACUGCCAUCUCCUUCUCCUUUCUCAUUGCAACAGCGAACCAGUACAAGUACCCGUACGAGCUAGGCCUGGCAGCAGCGUUAGUGUUUUCCACACUGGUGUGCCUCAGCAGGCUCUACACGGGGAUGCACACAGUCCUGGAUGUGAUCGGUGGAGCGCUGAUCUCGGCCGUGCUGCUCGUGCUCCUGUAUCCUGCGUGGGACACGAUAGAUCGCUUGCUGUUAACCAGCCCCUUCUGCCCGCUGUUUUCCGUAGUUGUGCCUCUUGUCUUAUGUUACAACUACCCCAAACUGGACUAUUACAGCCCUACGAGAGGAGACACCACCACUAUCCUAGGAGCGGGAGCCGGAGCAACAGUGGGAUUUUGGUUAAAUAACCAGUACGCCGCGGCAGCCUACACCAGCAAAAAUUUUCAGCCUGGGUUUCCUCUGCUCACCAGUAAAAUCGUGGUGGUUGUGCUAGCCAGGUUCUUGGUAGGGAUCUUGGUUGUGCUGCUGACGCGCCGGCUCGUGAAGAGCGUGGCCCUUGGCCUGCUGGGUUACCGGUACAAGUUUCCCGUCGGCGACCUGGAAGCCCGAAGACGGCUGGAAGUCGAAGUGCCGUACAAAUUCGUAACGUACUCCUCCGUUGGCUUCAGCGCUACCGUGAUUGUGCC